UUGAUGCAGUCACUCAACGCACAAGCCUCAACGAAGCCGGUCCACUUAAUUCUAAACGAUCCAUUUAAUUUAGUUUCGCGAAAAUGCCGAAGUUCUUUGGCCUGCUGGCACUUAUUUUAAGUUGCGGCUUAAUUGUCCGAGGCGGUGUGGUGCCAGAAGUUCCCGAGAUUCCAGAGGAGAUUGCCCUUGACCCAGAAGGCCCAAAGGACUUGAAUACAACAGAGACCAAAUCCACCCUGAAGCUGGUUCAUGUGCUAUUUCGUCAUGGUCCCCGCACUCCGGUCAACACUUAUCCGAAAGAUCCGUAUAUAAAUGAGACCUACGAGCCUUACGGCUGGGGGGCUCUGACAAACGGCGCUAAAGUGGAGCUCUAUAAAAUUGGCAAACAACUGCGUCAGCGCUAUAGAGAUUUUCUGGCUCCCUAUUAUCAGCCCGAUAUGAUCCGAGCCCAAUCUUCGGAGUCGCCACGCACCAUGAUGUCUCUCCAGAUGGUGCUAGCCGGACUCUUUCCCCCGGAAAACACGCCUCUGGAGUGGAACUUGAUGCUCAACUGGCAGCCCAUUCCCAUUUUUAUGGAACCAGAGGAAACUGAUGUGCGCAUUAGAAUGAAGGCUUCCUGUCCUCGUUACGAUGAGGCCGUCUUGGAGGUCUUUGAUCUGCCGGAGGUGAAGAAAGUCCAUGAAGAAAACUCCCAGUUACUCCAAGAACUGAGUGACCAUACCGGUCUGAAUGUGUCCCACGUCCAUGAUGUUACCAACAUUUUCAUUUCCCUGCAAACCGAGCAAACCUAUGGCCUAAAAUUACCGGAAUGGACUAAGGACUAUUAUCCUGAAAAAAUGCUUCCCUUGGCUUCGCUGUCUUAUGUUUACGAUGCCUACACCGCCGAAAUGAGGAAACUAAAAGGCGGAUAUUUCCUAGAAUUUCUGUUAAAUCAAAUCCAAUCAAAGAUGUCGGGAAAGUUGAAACCAGCUGAUAGGAGAAUGUUCCUAUCCUGCGGUCACGACUGGACCAUCACCAACGUCCUAUCAGCUCUGGAUGUUUGGGAGGCAAAAAUGCCCCGUUUCUCUGCUCUAAUAGCCUUCGAGCUUCAUCAGAAUGAAGAAACUGGGGAGUAUUUCCUGGAGCUGUACUUCCAAAACGAUCCAGACCAAGAACCCAAACAGCUCCAAAUUCCCGGAUGUGAGAAGCAGUGCCCGAUCUCGAAGUUUGUGGAACUAACCAAGGACGUUCUACCCGAUGCGCCUUACAAGGAUCUGUGCAAAGCAAAGGGCACUUUGAAUGGAGCAAAGAUAACUUACCAUUGAAGUCU